GUCAACUCAUUUAACUGAUGCAACCCAAUUCUGCCCCCUGAACCGACGCCUCUUAUUUACCCCUUCCUCAUCUCGGCGGCUAUCCCGCGACCAUCUUCACCACCCUGCCCCCUCUUUCCACCCCAGCCGCCACCAGUCCACCACCUCCUCCACCGCAGCUAUUCCUCCACCCCUUACAAAGUUGAAAGUGCAAGACAACAAUCCCAAUCAAGAAAAUUUGUCCAUUCAAAAUCAGCCCAUCCAAACCUCACUAAAUACCCAACAUCAAUUACACGAAUAGAGCAUCCAAACCAAAAAUGGAUAAAACCCAGGAAAUUGAAAAAGGGAAACUGAGACUAAUUAAUAGGAAGUUUCCUCCAACCCUUCCUUUGCUAGUGGCGUCGCCGCCUCUAUCCUCCUUAUGUUUCCCGUCCUUGGAAGGCUUAGCAACGGCGGUGUUGCCAUUGGAAACUGGACCAGGCCCGGGCUCGUCCAACAGCGUUCGGAUCUCUUGGAUAGGGUAUGGCGAUUGAUGAUAGGAGUUGGGGAGUGGAAUCGGCGAGGAGGGAAGAAUCGGGAGCCGAGCAGACCACGAUUGGGGAUACGUUUGAGGAUCUUCUUCUAUCGAUUCACCAGUGGUGGUGGUGGUGAUGGAUUUUGCGGCAUAGUUGGACUCCGACGAGUGAAGGUCAUCAUCUUUCUAAGGUCUUCUUCUCCGAUUGGAAUGGUGGCAGUGAGGGGGAGCUUAGAGAGGGAUUUGGACUAGGAUGAGGCUGAUAUUGUAUUGGACGGAGUCGGGGAAUGGUCGGUGACCUCGUGGCAGGCGGUGUUGAGGGCGAGCUAGGAGAAGGAUUUGGGUUUGGAGGAGGAGCUAGAGGUGGCGACAAUGUUGAACUUGGAGGAGGAGCUAGCGACGGUGAGUUAUUAGGGUUUUUUGGUCGGGUCAAAUAAAGGAAGAAGAUGACGGGUUGGGUCACUGGUUGGGGUGGGUAUAUCAUGUGGCGGGUCUGAUUGUAUGGGUCGGGUUUCAUUUUUUUAUAAUUUAAAUGGGAUGAAUCAGCACUUCUGUUAGCCACGUCAGCAAAAUAUAGACGGAGGCUAACGGAAGGUAACGGAGAGUGACCAAACAUGAACUAUCAAAAUAAUAUUAGUGACCACUAAGGGAAUUAAAUAUUUGUAGUGACUAAACAUGAACAUUUUUUGUAAUCUCAGUGACCAACCAUGCAAUAAACCCUUAAUUAAAUG